AUCCCUUCUUCCCUAUUGUCACCAAAAAGAAGCUUUAAGAACAAUCAAGGAGACUGGUAUAAGAAAACGGUCACUGAAAAGUAAAGACACGAACUUUACGCGUCACCAAAAUGAGUUCUUUUAGAGACAGAGUUAAGAAAGAGGGUAAUGGUGAAUGAAAAAUAAUGAAAAUGAGAAAUACUAUGUCCCACAUCGAAGGCGGAGCGGGGAUGGCGCUUGCGGAGGCACAGUACUCGUUGGCCAAAACGUCGGUUUGGUGGGACAUAGAGAACUGCCAAGUGCCGAAAGGGUGUGAUCCCUACGCCAUCGCGCAGAACAUAAGCUCCGCCCUCAUUCGGAUGAAUUAUUGCGGCCCCGUUUCUAUCUCUGCUUACGGCGACACCACUGGCAUCACUGCCUCCGUCCAGCAUGCCCUCUCCAGCACCGGCAUCUCCCUCAACCAUGUCCCCGCUGGUGUUAAAGAUGCAAGUGAUAAAAAGAUUCUUGUUGACAUGCUGUUCUGGGCGGUGGACAAUCCUGCACCUGCUAAUUACUUAUUAAUAUCUGGUGAUAGAGACUUCUCCAAUGCUCUUCAUCAGUUGCGGUUGAGGAGGUAUAAUAUUCUUCUUGCACAACCACAGAAAGCUUCUGCACCCCUGGUAGCAGCUGCUAAGAGUGUGUGGCUUUGGACUAGUCUCUUGGCUGGAGGACCUCCCCUUACGAAAGGUGAAUCACAAGUUGGUAAUAAUGACAUCCAAUCGUCUCCUGAUUCGGUACAAAGUCCAGUCCAUAAUGCCUUUCAGAUACCACAGUAUGUGGAAUCCCAUUCAGAAGUUCAUACAGGAAAUCAGAAUAAGCCUGGUAGACGUCAUGGGAAGACGAAUGGGAGAAAGUCAAAUAAAGCAAAUGGACCCAAGGUCAUCGAGGCUCCAGUUGGAUUUCAAGAAAAUUAUGAGAAUAUAAAUAUUUCUCCACCCGGCAAUUAUACCCAUAAUGUUCCCCCAGGUGGUUCUACACCAAAUUUUAUUUGUGGCAAUCCUGAUCAAAUUUGGCUCAAUAAUGGUAAUCUACAAGGCAAUCAUGAAAAUCCACUUUCACAACCAUUAAGAUCAAAUAAUUUUCCUUUGGAGCCUCCAUUUUCACUAAGCAAAACAUUUUCUCUAAAUUCACCAAGUUUUGCAACUUCAGUAGUGCCGCCUUGGACUGGUGGGCCCAGCUUCUCUGCAGGACCAGAUAUUGGUAAUAUUUCUGGAUAUCUUAGUAAUGCUCAUGAUCCGUACCCUGUUAAUCAAUUGAACGGGGACUUGAAAUGGAGUUCUUACAGUAAUUCUCCAAAUCCUGUUAAAUCUAUUGAUGAACCAAAUGGGAAGAUGACACAGAACACACAAAAUUUGUAUAAUGGCCAUGCACAUGGUCCAGAACACCAACCUUCAUCAUCAGCAACUGUGGGUGAUAAUAAUCUUCCUGAUAAUGGUACGUGGGGAUCUUCAGAAACUCCUGAAUCUUCUGAGUACGUCCAAGAUCUUAUAGGGGUUGUUUUACUUGCCUUGGACACACUGAAAACUGAAAAAAUUAAGCCAACUGAGUCAAAUAUAACAGAUUGUAUUCGAUUUGGAGAUCCCAAGCAUCGCAAUACAGAUGUCAAGAAGGCUCUGGAGAUGGCUGUUGAGCAGCAGAUGGUAGUGGCGCAGAAUGUAGGUGCUUUGCAGUUGUUUGUUGGUAAGAAUGAUCAAGUUUGGAAGUGUGUAUGCACUCUAGGUGGUAAUCCUAAGAAGCACUCAAAAGAGACGUGGAAAAAAAUUAAAAAAUUUCUAGCUACUUCUCCUGGAAGAUUGGCAAUAAUGAAUACUCAGUGCAAGUACGAAGCAGGUAUUGUGAUUAAGAAUAUGUGCUUGAAAGAUCAUGCUUUGGGUGAUGUCCUACAGAUUUUGAGUUUGGCGAUUUCCUAUAAAAAAUGGAUUGUGCAUCAACAAUUGGGCUGGCAACCAGUUAACAUCACCCUAGCAGAGAAAUCUGAUUCAGAGGUCAUAGCAUGCGAAUAACUCCAAAAGCAUGUCGGCAAAAUGAAAAAGUUACUAAAUAUAUUAGCAGCCAGUUUGAUUAGGACAUCAGGAGUUAUCUGAAUAAACAUCUCUUUCUACUGCUAAUAAAAGGCAGUUAGUAAUAGUGAGUUGCGGUAUCCAAGUACAUUGGAUGCUAUAGCUUACAGAUAUGAUUAAUCGUAAGGUUCUUUAGUUCUGUUGAAGGGGCAAAGCAAAAGUAACUUUUGGACUAUAAAUGAAACUCCAAACAUACAAACCCUAAAGUCUCUUCUGGUUGCUAAGGUUACAAAUUCUCAGCCACUGGUUUCUUAUAUACAUCACAGUGGAUCUAUCUUGUAACCAAUAUGCCCUCCUCAAAACUUUGGCUUCUACUUAUGUUUUUACACAUAUUUUGUUUGGAUAUUGACUUGUUGAACCGAACUGUGGAUCCUUUGACUUAUGCCUCUUAAGUCUUAAGUAGCGGUCCAGGAUAAUGACCAAACUAUGCAUUGCUGGAAGUUUUUGGAGUUUCAGGCAAGCAACGUGAAUCUACUGUGUUGGUGUAUCACCAUGGUUUAUCAAAUCAUUUUAUUGUUCAGGGAAUAUGUGGAAUGCAAUUCAGAAACUGUUAUAUUGUUUACUGGUUAUCCUUGAAGCUCAUGAUUUACUAUAUUGACCGCCGACCAAAAUAAAAUACCAUAUUGACACAUGCACAGGGCAUUUUUUCUGGAGGAUUUUCACUAUGAUCAAAUCACUACAUGGAGUUUUUGGAAAUGAUAGACGAUCGUGGAACCAAAAUGCUUUGAUGGUGCUUGUGGGGUUGUGAUUUUUAAUGUUCAUGCUUUACUUGGAGUUGCCUUUUGGCAUAUUUCUCAAAUCAUAAUUGGGAAUUUUGGCCAUUCUGGUGGGAAUAGGUCUAUGCUCCUUCUGCCUACCAUUUUCUUUUAAUGGUGGGAACCUUGUGCCUAAACACAGUAUAUCAUGUCUAUCUGAAUGUAUGCUUUCUGAGAAGUUUGUAUAGUUGAUGAAGUCUUAUUAUUAUAAACUUUUUUCUUUUUUUGUUUGCUUUUAGGUCAGUUCUGAUUGUGGCAUCAAAAUGUUUGUCUAGUCCAAUAUUUUUACGGUU